AUGACUACGGUAGACGGUAUUACAUGGUCAGAAAGAAUCGUUGAUAGAGGAGUGCCCCAAGGCUCGAUCUUGGGACCGUUACUGUUUUUGAUUUUUAUUGAUGAUCUUAGUGAUAAUGUUAGUGCAACAAUGCGAUUGUUUGCUGACGAUGUCUCACUCUACCGUGUUACAGAGAAAAACAAUAUUAGAAAAGUUACAGACCAAGUAAAUAAAGAUUUACUCUUAAUUUACGAAUGGUCGGUAACUUGGAAAUUGUAUUUAAAUGUUGAUAAAUGUAAAGCUAUGAUUUUUUCUACUCGUGAACGCGAUACUCUCGCUUCUUUACCACCCGUCUUGAUCAAUAAGUCGCCUAUCUCUUAUGUUGUUAAACAAAAACAAUUAGGCUUAAUUUUAAGGUCAAAUCUAGACUGGACAGCGCACGUAGGUUAUGUUUUAACUAAAAUCGCGUCGUAUCUAGAUCCAUCAACAUUUAAAGAUUUAUCUGAAGAAGACGUCGGAGAAGCUGAAGCAUUCAUAAUGCACGAAGCAAAAAUCAAACAAGAUGCCUCCAAACAAUUAUCGUUAACAGCUGCAACCACAACAUCAAUAUCUCCACUCUCAUCCUCGUGUAUAACACCAACCCAAAAAGAAAAACAUACUGGAAUGGACAUGUUAAAUUGA